AUGGCCUUGUCCCUUGCAAUGCUUCUCAUGUUUGGAAGAGUAUCUCAAAGGCUUUUGGUGCUCUUAAGGAUGCCUUCUCUUGGUGCGUUUGGGUCACUUGAUCAAUCUUUUUGGUUUGACAAUUGGAGUAUUGAGGGCCCAAUUGCUCAAGAUGUCCCUUUUGUACAUAUAUCUGACUCUGAUUUAACUAUUAGAGACAUUUGGAAAGAUAGUCAAUGGAAUCUCCAUGAUAUUUUCUCUAUCAUUCCAGAAGAUGUCAAACAGCGUUUGAAUGCUUAUAAUCCGGAUUUGAAUGCUGGAGAGAGUUCGGGUUGGUCGUGGGGUGUGGCAUCUUCUAGACUCUACUCAGCUAGGAGUGGGUACAGUUCUUUUGGGGAGUGGGUACAUCUCCAUAAUGCUAUUCCUACAGCAGAGUUUCGUUUGGGUCGUGGUUUAGCUUUAUCUAGCACCUGUCAUCGGUGUCAGAAUGGUUCUGAAUCCAUUCUUCAUUGUCUUCGGGAGUGCCCUAGUGCCAAGGAGGUCUGGACCCUUUUAGGCUUGUAUUCAGAUAACUCGAAUUUACAUGAUUGGCUCUACAGAUGUGCAAGGAGUGGAGAUGUUUUUCUUUUCUUUUCGACUAUCUGGUGGAUUUGGAGAAGCAGAAAUCAUGACUUAUUUAAUAUAGAUGAUUCAUGGAGUGCUAGUAAAGUGGUGAGUUUGAUUCGUAGUUCAGUAAGGGAGUUUCACACUAUUUUUGCUAUGCAUCAAUCUCUGUCUCCUCCUUCACUUUGUUUGCAUUGGGUUCCACCUCCAGUUCAUUCUGUUAAAUUGAAUUGUGAUGCUAGUUGGUUUGCUCCUUCUGGCUAUGCUGGUUUUGGUUGUAUUAUUCGCAAUCCUGAUGGAUGUUGGUUGAAAGGUUGCACUGGAAAAGUCGAAGUGUGUAGUGUUCUUUUUGCUGAAUUGUAUGCAAUUUGGAGAGGUUUACUUCUUGCUUGGGAGAGUGGAUUUCGUGAGGUUAUUUGUGAAACAGACUGUUUAGAAGCUCUUUUCUUGGUAAACCAAAGAAUGCUUAGUAAGGAUAUUCCGGAAUGGGAUUUGGCAAAGCAUAUUCAGGAGGUUAUGAAUUGGAAUUGGAGAGUCUCUAUUCUUUUAAUUCAGAGGACUGCAAAUAGUGUUGCAGAUUGUAUGGCUAAAGCAGCUGCUUCUGUCGCGGACAUUCACUCGAAUUGGAGCCAACCAUGGAGUGAGCUUCAACAUCUAAUAGAUUUAGAUAUGACUCUAGCCAAUUAA